AUGUAUUUUACGAACACAAAUGACGCACACAAGGAGAAGGAGCCAUCAUCUUCUCCGGUGCCCUCGGCACCACCACAACCACCUCAAUUCGAAUAUCCUCCUCCGGCGGCCACAGGAAUUCCGGUGAAUUCAAUACACCAAUUUGAUCAUCACCCAGUUCCCCAACCCACUAUUCACAUUCCAUCCCAAUCUCCAGUCCCAUGGUCCACCGGCCUCUGCAAUUGCUUCAGCGACAUUAGCACCUGCUGUUUAACUUUCUGGUGCCCUUGUGUUACAUUUGGCCGGAUUGCAGAAAUCGUGGAUAGAGGAUCAACUUCAUGUGGAGUAAGUGGAGCAAUUUAUAUGUUGAUACUGUGCAUGACUGGUUGUUCAUGUAUUUAUUCCUGCUUCUACCGAUCAAAACUUAGAGGACAAUAUUUCUUAGAGGAGAGUCCCUGCACAGAUUUCUGCAUUCACUGUUGUUGCGAGGAAUGUGCUUUAUGUCAAGAGUACACAGAGCUUAAGAACCGUGGCUUUGACUUGUCAAUUGGGUGGCAUGGGAAUGUGGAAAGACAGAAUCGAGGAGUUGCAACGCCACCAACAGUACAAGCAGGGAUGAACCGGUAAACAAAAUGGAGUGACCAUGACAGUACUAAUUAAAGGAAAUGAUAAAAAGAUUUCAAAAUGUUGAUAUGUCAUUAUAUACAAGUAGGGUUGUGAUAA